UGAUAAGAUUAAUCUAAAGAGCAAAUUAUGGUGUAAUUUCCUAUGCUGAAACUUUGUAGUUAAUUUUAAAAAAAGGUUUCAUUUUCCUCUUGGUCUGAUUUCACAGGAACAUUUAACCUGUUUUGGUGAGGCAUUUUUUCUCCUGGAAGAGAGGCACUGAUUGGCCCCAAACGACUGACAAUCUGGUGUAACAAAAAUUUCCAAUGUAAACUCAUUUUCCCUUGGUUUCAGCAAUUUUAAAUCUAUAUAUAGAGAUAUCUUUGUCAGAACUGCAUUGUUAGCUUCCCCUGAUAAACUAAUUGUCCCACGCUGUCACUGCCAAGAGAGAUCUAUUGAUGGGUCUGGUCCCCCAGCUGACAGUCGCUCUGUUCUGCUUACUAGCAUGUGCCGACACCUUCCAUGGCUGCAACGACACCUUACAAGAAAUCAUCAAUGAUCUGAAUGUGCUCUCAAGCCAAAAGACUCUGUGUUCUGAGCUGGCUGUUGCUGAUGUCUUUGCCGGGCCCAAGGACAGAGCCGAGAAGCUGUGCCAGGCUGCGACGGUGCUUCAUCGCACGUCCUACCUCAGGGUGGAGCCUCCGUGCUCGAACGGACACAGAGAGUCAGUCUUUCUGAUUCUUCUCAAAAAGGUCUACAGGAACCUCAGGAGCAUGGCUCGGCCGAACUGUCCUGUGAGUGAACUCAAGCAGACGACCCUGAAAGACUUCUUGGAAAAUCUAAAAACGAUCCUGAAAAAGAAAUAUUCAGAGUGUUGA